ACGUACUGAUCGACGUACUAAUUUUUAAUUAAUUCAUGUUUAAGUUUAUAAACAAGUGAUGGCCUUUUUAAUAAAGACCAACAAGCGAUGUUAAUGUUGAUACUUUAUAAUUUCAAAAAAUAAAAGUUCGUAACCUAACGGCUUAUUGUAAAAAUAUACAUUUAUCGCAUAUUAAACAGUCAUGUACAGUAAGGCCGAGUCACACACGGCGUUCGCUCCCGUCUUCCACAGUGUGCCAGGGAAAAGGACACCGAUGGAGCCGAUUCGAAGUUACGUUUCAAACUUGUUAAAAACGUCUCACAUGUACGAUUUCAUCUGUUAUCUAGUACCUGUAAUAAUUCUACCUCAGAAGCAGCAGGCGAAGAGAUUCAACAUCAAGCUGACUUUGGAACAGGCGAAUUCAUUAGCCCUUUCGAGAGAUAUCGUCAUCGUCAAUGGCGAGCUCGAAAGCAAGUUUUGGACCAAGGUAGUGUUCAGGGUGUGCAAAGCAGAAAACGGUCGUUUCGUCGUCGACCUUCCAUUGCACCUUUCGAUUAAAAUUAACGGACAAGUUGUCAUCCGGGACCAGGAAGGACCUUUAGAGCUCACGAAAUAUUUCAAAUUCAACCCAGAACUGCCCAACACCCUGAUAAUAGAGUACCCGAAAUAUACGACCGGUAUGAUCUUCGUAAGCAUACUUCUGGUCAAGGCGCUUAGUUGUGAGUCGAUGGUCAACAACCUGAUCGUGACGAGAACGAGAAGCAAAGACUACACGAAACAAAAAAUUAUCAAAAUGCUCGAAAAUGAAAACAACGAUGUGACAUUCAUGUCGUCAGAGUUAUCACUGAUAUGUCCUCUUAGUCAGACAGUAAUGGAAUUUCCCUGUCAGGGAAUUUCCUGUUCACAUCUUAAAUGUUUCGACGCCUUCACUUACCUGAGUCUUAACGAUUUUAGCGGAAAAUGGAUUUGCCCACUUUGCAAAAAGACAACGCUGCCUUCCAGCCUUGUCAUUGACGGGUAUCUGGCCGGCGUGAUAAAUACGCUGAAAACUUCAAAUUUAAGUUGUUCCACAGUUGCCCUCCUGAAGGACGGUUCUUGGCAGCCGAAGAACAACGGAGAACAAAAGGAAGUUUUAGAAUCAGAUCCAAUAGCCGUACUAUGAUCAGAAUUUUUUAUUGAUGUUAAUUAGUCAGUAGGUAACUAAACAUAUGUAUGUUACUAAUAAAUAUUUUAAAAAAGUC